UUUGUGUCUGGAUCCUGGUCUCCGUUCUCACAAAAGCCCUAUCUUAGUUUGUGUCUGGAUCCUAUUGAUCCGUCCGGCAAUCAAUCAAUGAAAGGAAGAAGGGCGAUUCGGGGAUGUAGUGAAUUGGGAUUGACGGCGAUUCGGGGGUGUUCGCACAAGAAAACGAGUAAGAACAAGUCGGAGGUGUGUGGGUUAUGGUCGUUGCCAGAUGCGGUGGCUUUGAGCUGCCUGGCUCAUGUGUCGAGAUUGGACCUCGCGGCCUUUGAUUUGGCCUCCAAGGCCCACCGGUCUCUGGUACAAUCCCUUGAUCUCUGGAACUUGAGAUGGAAGAUGGGUUGCGUCGAGCCAUCCCUGUACGUAUGCUUGCACAUCAUUCCAGAGCCAACCCCACGGUGGUUCAUCCUUCACCCGGUGCAACGUCGGCUGAAACCGAUCCAUUCACCCAGCUCGUAUCAGGCUCAGGCUCCGGAAUCAUCGUCCUCUUUCGUGGCGAUGCAUUGUGGGAUCGUUAUCGUCGGUGGACUCGUAAACGGCAAGCCCACUCCGGCUGUCACGUAUUUCGAUUGUUUCCAGCACACCUGGUACCCCCUUCCGCCCAUGAAGAUGGCUCGUGCUUCCGCAUCGGCAAGCCUGAUACAAGGGAAGAAGAUAUAUGUGUUUGGAGGGUGCGGGGAUGACGACGCCGAUCCCUCAAAGUGGGCAGAGGUGUACGAUCCCGACACCGCAACUUGGGAUUUCUUGCCUGUGUCUACGCCACCACUCAGUAUCCAACAAAGCGUGGUGAUAGACCGGAAGGAGGUUUACGCGGUGGAUGAGGAUGGUCAAAGCUUCUCCUUCUCACCAAGUAAAUGUGCAUUCGUGGCGAGCGGCAAAACGGAUUGUAAGCCAGGAUUCAGAGACGACUGGUGUUUGAUUGAGGGAUACUUAUUCUGCCGUGGCGACCGCGGGACAAUACUGUGGUGUUUGCCAGAUGAGUUUGAUUGGAAGGAAGUGAAGCAAGGCUCUCCCUCUGGUUGGAGCCACUGUGAUAUCACCAAACUCUGCAGAAACUAUGAUGGGAAUCUUGUCAUCUUCUGGAACGUGCUGCCUCAAGGUCCUAAUGACAGCUUUGAGCUUUGGUCUGCAGAGAUUUCCCUGGAGACAAGCGAGGGAAGCGAGGGACUCCAAGUUUGGGGGAACAUUGACUGGUCCGGUGCUGUCUUCAAGCUUGAUCCUCUCUCAUACUCAGAUAGCGUUAGGGUCUUAUAUGCUGAUUCCUUGAAAUUCCCAUCCAAAGAAGGAUGUUGCUGGAGUUGCCGUCUCUAUGUACUAUGUCUGGUGCAUGUAUGCUACUCCACCUCUGAGAAUGUGAAGUCUUUAUGGCCAAUCCAAGCCAAUCCACCUCGUGCAGCCAAUAAUCAAGAUUUUCAGAUAAGCAAGGAGAUGAAGGAGGAGUCUCUAAGAGGUGAAAAAGAUAGCUUCCAGAAGAUCCCAAGGAACGGAUCCAGCCCUAUACAGAACAGAAUAGCGUAUCUAAACUUGACUCUUAAGAUGCUGUAA